AAAAACUCCAUCAGAACUUACAAAACCUUUUUUUUUUCUUUUUUUUUUAAUCUCUUGACCUACAUUUUCCUUCAUCAAGUAAUAAAAAAACCCUAACUUUUUGCCCAAGUCAACUUCAAAAUGCAGCCGCAAACAGACGUUUUCAGCCUCCAUAACUACCUAAACUCCUCGAUUUCCUCUCCAUAUCCUUCUAAUUUCCCGAUAUCUACGCCAUUUCCAACCAACGGUCAAAACCCGUACCCGCUCUACGGAUUCCAAAGCCCUACAUAUAAUCCACAAUCCAUGAGCCUAAGCAGCAACAACUCAACAUCAGACGAAGCAGAAGAGCAGCAGAUGGACAACAAUAUAAUCAACGAGCGGAAGCAGAGAAGGAUGAUUUCAAACAGAGAAUCCGCAAGGAGAUCGCGUAUGAGGAAGCAAAGACACCUUGACGAGCUUUGGUCACAAGUUAUGUGGUUAAGGAUCGAGAAUCAUCAGUUGCUAGAUAAGCUUAACAAUCUCUCUGAGUCUCACGAAAAAGUUCUUCAAGAGAAUGCUCAGCUUAAAGAAGAAACAUCUGAGCUUAAGCAAGUGAUCAGUAAUAUGCAAAUCCAAAGCCCUUUCUCUUGCUUCAGGGACGAUAUAUUACCCAUUGAAUAGAGCAUUUUUACCCGAUUCGUUUAUGGAAUUUUUGAGUCGGUCUAGUAUGUAUCUUUUGUAUGUCUAGAGAUGUUUCAGGGUUUUGAUUAUACGGCCCUUUACGACGACGUUUUUAGAUUGAAGUAAAUUUCUAAACUAAAG